GUAUAUAUCAACGACCGCGACGGGGUCACACUGGUGGAAAUUAAAAAAUUAAUUUAAUUAACCCAAAGGACUUAAAGGCACCCUCAACGAACGGCCAUCGCUGGCGACAUGGAAGCGGAGCACCUGAAACGUCUGGAGGCCAAGGAGGUGGACCACAUCCCCGCCAUCCUCGGCGAGUUCAACACGAAGAAUGCGGACCUGCUGAUCUUCGACAGCUUCCGCACGGACAACCAGUGGCACGAGCUGUGGCUGGCCAUCUUUGGCAUUCUGGAGGACCAGCAGCUGAGUCACUUGCAUCCGCAGUGCCUGAAUACGGUGAGGAUUCUCACGCGCGACGAGUUCAGCCUGCAGACGAACUACAUCGAACAGGAGGUGAACACGCUGCUCCGGCUGGCCAGGAUCGAGGCGGGCUCCCUUAAGCUGCCGGCCACCCCGGAUGAGCUGAAGCAGCAGGAGCGCGAGGAGCCGCCCAGCCAACUGGACGAGCCCAGCCAGGCCCAAUCGGAGGUGAUAGCCGAGGCGCUGAAAUGCCUGUGCAACCUGGUCUACCAGAGCUCCGACUGCCGGCGCCAGUGCCUGCGACAGCACUGCCUCGACGCUAUCCUCAAGCGGGUGGCCUCCUCGAUGCGCCAUCCCUGCGCCCUGGAGUACUACGACAUGAAGCUGCUCUUCCUGCUGACUGCCCUGGAGCCGGCGGCUCGGUCCCGCCUUCAAAUCGAUCUCAAUGGCCUCACCUACAUGACCAAGUGGCUGGACGACAAGCUGGGCGAGGAGACCGCCGGCGAGGAGCAGCUGAACAUAAUUUGCGAGCUGCUCAAGGUGAUGUUCAAUGUGACCAGUGCCCCGGACAAGAGUCCCAACGAGUACGAAAUCCAGAGCUUGCAUUUGACGGGAGUGCUGCGGGAGCUGCUCCUGCGCUUCGGCGACAUGGCCACAGACAAGGACCGGGCAGUGGUCACACACGCCAUCAAUCUGCUGACCAACAUAUCGGGCAGCUGCCUAACCGAACUCACCCUACGCUGCUCCAAUGCCGAGGUGGAGUCCCUCAAGGACAGGGAGCAGGACAAGGAAAAGGAAAAGGACGCGGAGGCAGGAGCCCGAGCAAAGCCGCGCCAGUGCUGCUCCCAGUGCUUCGAGAAGCGCAAUGUCCGCAGUCUGGACAUUCUGCUCCGGUAUCUGCGGCAAUCCCUGGCCCAGCAGGAGGCCGAGGCCAGCUCGCACGAGCUGCUCUCGCCGGUGCUGACCGUGCUGGUGAAGUGCGCCCGCAGCGACCGGGUGAUGCGUCACUAUCUGCGGCAGGAGAUUCUGCCGCCGCUCCGGGACGUGAGCCAGCGUCCGGAGAUUGGCCAGGAGCUGCGCAACCAUCUGUGCCGCUUCCUCACACUGCCCGCCAUGAUCCUGCGCGAUCUGUCCGCCGAGCUGCUGUUCGUACUUUGCAAGGAGGACGUCGGACGGAUGAUCAAGUACACGGGAUAUGGCAACGCGGCCGGACUGUUCGCCAAGCGGGGCAUACUCGACUGCCGGCGAGUGGAGGGCGCCGACUACUCCUCGGAUAGCGAGGACAGCGACACCGAGGAGUACAAGCAGCAGCAGCAGGGCAUCAAUCCCGUGCUGGGCUGCGUCGAGCCGCGCAGCAGGUCUCAUUUGGACGACAUUAGUGAAGAGCAGAAGGAGUACGAGGCCCUGCAGCUGGUCAAUCUCAUCGAGCAACUGCGUCAGGGCGGAAUCGUCAAGCCGGCGCUGAUUGACAAGGAUGGGCGGCCGCAGCCGCUGGAGCACAUCCUCCAGCUGCAGGAGGAGCUGCCGCAGCAGCAACUCGACCAGAAGCGGAAAACCUAAGCCUGAACCGAAUCCCGGGAUCUGCUAUGGCACAACUUCCAAAAAGCUACCAAAUAAUCACCCUACACUGCAUUUAUUUAAUAGGUAUACUAUCGAAUGUAGCUUUGAAUGUGUUCCAAAACCAGAAUGGCUUCGCAUUGCUUUCGCUUAAUUGUUAUAUGUUUUAUCUGUCGUUAAAAAUAAGGAUCAAAUUGCGAAUUUUAGUUAAUGAUUACUAAAUGACAUUGCUCCGAGAACAUCUCAUUAUAAUCCCACAAGUUUGUAUUCAAUAACGAAGUAUUCUCGUUUGGAUUUCCAUGCAAAGCUAUAGGUACUUAAUCAUUUAAUUCGAUAAUGAUUCACCUGUCUUCUAAAUGUUGUAGCUAAACUAUGUAUUAUUGCUAGUGCUAGCUAAAAUCAUUAUAAUCGAUCGUAUUAGAAACAAUUUGUAGAAAUAAUCUCUCACCUUUUAUAAAUUAUUUAGCUAUGAG